GCGGGGCGCAGGGCGGUGGGUGGGUGCGAGUGAGGGGGGUUCACGCGCGCCGCCGCGAUGCGGGAGCGGAGGCCGGCACCGGCCGCACCGGCCCGGUGCAAGCUGGUGCUGGUGGGGGACGUGCAGUGCGGCAAGACGGCCAUGCUGCAGGUGCUGGCCAAGGAUUGCUACCCGGAGACGUACGUGCCCACCGUGUUUGAGAACUACACGGCGUGUCUGGCCAGCGAGGAGCAGCGGGUGGAACUGAGCCUCUGGGACACCUCCGGCUCCCCCUACUAUGACAACGUGCGUCCCCUGUGCUACAGCGACUCGGACGCCGUCCUGCUCUGCUUCGACGUCAGCCGGCCCGAGACCCUCGACAGCGCCGCCAAGAAGUGGAAGACGGAAAUCCUGGAUUAUUGCCCCAACACCCGCGUGCUGCUCAUCGGCUGCAAGACGGACCUGAGGACGGACCUGAGCACGCUGCUGGAGCUCUCGCACCAGAAACAGGCCCCCAUCUCCUACGAGCAGGGCUGCGCAGCCGCCCGGCAGCUGGGAGCCGAGGCUUACCUGGAGUGCUCGGCUUUCACCUCGGAGAAGAGCGUGCACAGCAUCUUCCGGAGCGUGGCCGGGCUGUGCCUGAGCCGGGCCCCCCCGCAGCCGCCCCGCAGCCCCCCGCGCAGCCUCUCCAAGCGCCUCCUGCACCUCCCCAGCCGCUCCGAGCUCAUCUCCUCCACCUUCAAGAAGGAGAAAGCAAAAAGCUGCUCCGUCAUGUGAGGGGGGGAGGGGAAAGGAGUGACCCCUCUCCCCCCCCACCCAUUUUGGGCCCCCCCCCCAAGCCCCCGGAAUGAGGUGGGGGGGCUUGGCAGGGCUGUGGAGAUGCCCCCCCCCCUUCUAAAGGAGGGUUGGGGGGUACUGCCCUUCCCUGGCACCAUUGCCCUGCCAGCCCCGCAGCCUGGGAGGGGGGGGUCUGGGGGUGUCUUCACCCGGUUCCCAACCCUGAGGGGGUCCCUGCGGGGUUUGGGGUGCGCAGGACCCUGGGGACAUCAAUCCCUGCGGGGUUUGGAGUGCGCAGGACCCUGGGGACAUCAAUCCCUGCGGGGUUUGGGGUGCACAAAACCCUGAUGACAUCACCUGGGAUGGUCCCUGGGGGGUUUGGGGUGCUCAGGACCCUGGUGACAUCAAUCCCUGGGGGGUUUGGGGUGCUCACACCCUCAGGGACAUCAACCCAGGGGGGUCCUUGGGGGGUUUGGGGUGCACAAAAUCCUGGGGACAUCACCUGGGAUGGACCCUGUGGGGUUUGGGGUGCACAGACCCUGGGGACAUCAACUCAGAGGGGUCCCUGUGGGGUUUGGGGUGCACAGGACCCUGGGGACACCAACCCAGAGGGGUCCCUGUGGGGUUUGGGGUGCUCAGGACCCUGGGGACAUCACCUGGGAUGGUCCCUGUGGGGUUUGGGGGACACAGGGGCGCGGUCCUGGGGAUCCCUGUGGGGUUUGGGGUGCGCAUCACGGGACUCAUCCAUGGACUCAUCCUGUUCUCUCCCCCUUCCCCGCACCCCUCAUCUGCUGCUUGGCCCUGGGGGACCCUGUGGGGCGGGGAGGGGGGCGGGGGGCUGUUUUCUGGACCGUGUUUUGGGGGGUGGGGUGGGGUGUCUCUGUCCCAUGUCCGUGUUAUUAAAAAGCUUAUUUAUUAUCAGAAAUAUAACACCUAACCUAUGUGCA